UUUCGCUGUGAAUGACCGACUCCACCACAAUGACCCACAACACAGGCGGGCCAGACAGGGCCUUUUAAACGGCCAACUCCUGCCAAGGAAAUUGCGUCUUGGGUUCAUAGAACUCCGACUGGUAUUUUGGAUUUAAAAUUUUUUGUAAAUGGCCUCAUUCCCAAAGGAUAUACAGAGAGCAGGGUUUGGCUCUGGAAAAAUGAGGAGCGCACUUUUCACUUUCUUCAUUUUUAUUUUAACGUCCGGGCGGGCUGGGGGCCGGGUGGUGACGGUGUCACAGGGGCCCCUGGUGCGAGUGGAGGGCCAGGCUGCAGCGCUGGGCUGCAGUGUGCGGGAGUACGAGGGCCCCACGGAGCAGGACUUUGACUGGAAGGUCCUCCGGGACGACAGGUGGCUGCAGGUCAUCUCCACCUUCGACCUGAGAUUCGCCGACCAAUCCCUGCAGGGCCGCGUGGACAGCGGUGACAUCACAGUGGAGAGGCGGGGCCCGGCGAGUGUGGCGCUCCUGAUUGGCCGCCUCAGGCCGGCCGACAGCACCGCCUUCCGCUGCAGCACCCCCAGCACCGACGCCGUCUUCCAGGGCAACUACGAGGCUGACGUCAGACUCAUCGUGAUCCCGGACAGCCUGCAGGUGGACCCCUCUCCCCCCCCGGCGGUGGUGCCAGAGGGCGGGGCCUUGGAGCUGCACUGCAAUGCCACCCGGGACGUCCUCCCCCAGGCCUACACCCACCUGUCCGUCAGCUGGUCUGUGGCCAGGGAGACGGGGCCUGAGGACGUGCUGUCGUUCGGGCCAGAUGGGGGCGUGGCCGUGGGGCCCGGCUACGCCCAGCGAUACACCGACGGAGAGCUGCGAUUGGACCUGCCGGGGGGCGGGGUCUACGGCCUGGUGCUGACCCAGGCGUCGCCAGGCGACGGGGGCGUGUACACCUGCACCGCCGGGGAGUGGUCUCGCGAGGCGGGCGGAGCCUGGCAGCAGAUCCUGGAGAGGAGCGCGGAGAUGGGGGAGGUGCAGGUCACGCCCACAGCUCAGUCGCUCGCCGUCUCCGUGGGAGAAGAUGAUGACAUCACUCUCGCCGUGGGCGACACCUUGAAUCUGACGUGCUCCGUUGCCGUUGACUACCCACGCUCCCUGCGCCUGGAGGUCACGUGGUUGCUGAGCAGCGCCCCGGGGGCCAGCCCCGCCCCCGCAGAGCCGCGGGUCCUGGCCCAGGUCGGGCGGGACGGGGUGGUGAAGGGGGCGGGGCGGCCGGUGGGACUCACACGUGUGGAGCCCGGAGCGUUCCAGCUGCUGGUGCGGGGGCUGGCCCGGUCAGACAGCGGACUCUACUCCUGCCGCGUCCGGGCCUGGAUCCACCGCACCACAGGGGACUGGUACCAGGCCGCCCAGAACUCCUCCCAUCCAGUCCGGGUUCUGGUCACAGUGAAAGACCCUGUCUUUAAGGUGCUACUGCUGGAUAAGGAGACCCCCCAGUUUUCGGGGGACCCCACGGAGCUGGAGUGCCAGGUGAGGGGCGUGUCCGGGCUGGGCGCCGCCCGGCUGGGCGUGUCCUGGCUCUACGCGGAGGCCACGCCCGGUGACGUCAUCGCCGCGGGGAGCGGCAGUGUCAUGGCAACGCUGGAUGCGGAGGGGACCCAGCAGGCGGGCCAGGGGUACGAGGACCGCCUGGGGAACGGGGAGCUGGUCCUGUACCGCUCCGCCCCCAGCACCUUCAGGCUCCGCCUCCUCCACACACACGACACAGACAUGGGGGCGUACUCCUGCGCCAUGGCCGUCUGGAGCCCCGCCCCCCCGGGCUGGGAGAAGGGCCCGGAGGUGCACUCUGAACCGCUCAACGUCUUCUGGACCGCCAAAACGCCGCGGGUUAGCGUAGCGGCUCGGAGGCUGAGAGAGGUGACCUCAGCAGGCGGGACGUUUGAGAUGAGCUGCCAGGUGACGGGGCAGAACCUGCGGAACCCGGGGUACUCGGUUCUGAUCCAGGUGGAGGAGCGGGUGGGCGGGCGGACGCGCAGGGUGCUGUCCCUGGGCCCGGACUCCGUGCUGGGGCUGGAGGAGUGGAGCGAGUUGGACCGGGUGGUUCUGGAGAGGACCAGCGCCAAGGAGUUCCGCUUCCGGCUGUACCAGGCCCAGCGGGGCGACCGCGGGUUCUACUCCUGCACCGUCACCGCCUGGACCCGCGACCCGGCCCAGACCUGGACCCGCAGUGUCAGCGGCCAGUCCAACAGAGUGCCCGUCGCCUUCGCUGACAAAGGGCCUGUUUUCAACAUCUCUGUGCGCUCUGACAGCAGACGUGUGGCCCCAUGGGAGACGGCCAAACUGCAGUGCAUCCUGACCACCCUGGGAGCAGCACCCAGCCCAGACGACGUGGCGUUUGAGCUGCGCUGGUUUCUGAUCAGGCCCCAGGACGCAGACAGCGCCGCCCUGGUGGCCAGUGUGGAUCGCUGGGGCGUGGUGCGGAAGGGGCAGCGGAACGGGAGCAGUGACUGCGGUCUGGAGCGGGUGGACGCCCACACGUACACACUCAGUGUGUACAGCUCCCAGGACAGUGACGGGGGACAGUACUACUGCCAGGCCACGCCCUGGACCCGCCCCCCGACCGGCGUCUGGGCCCGCGGCCGUGACCUCACUUCCUCCCGCAUCUACCUCACCGUCGACUUCGCACUGUGGGACAGUAUGCAGCGCCCCCUGCUGGUGGGGACAGGCGUGGCGCUGGCCGUGGGGAUCCUCUCAGUCCUGCUGGGUCUGAUCUGUACCCGUUGCUGCUGUCGGGACGCCCUGCAGUCCCCCCAAACCCCGGGCCCACAGGACCUGGAGCUGGACCCCCUAAACCACGGCCCGCUCGCUGCCAUGGCGAUGGACUGACCCCGGUGCCACGGCAACCAGCGGACCCCCGUCCCCGUCCCCCACCAGGACCAAUCGGCUGUUGGGUUGCCAUGUGACAGUGUGUGGGGGGGGGGGGCAGUGUAAAACGGCCUCAGCAGCAGGCCUGACUCUCAGAGACAGCCCACCGGCCGGGCGAACACCCGUCUGCUCCCUGGAGCUCACCAAACAGAACCAUACACACCAUGAUGUAUUUAAAACCUGUGUGUGUGUGUGUGAGUGUGUGAGUGUGUGAGUGUGUG